AUGCUGUCUCUUCGCCUGCUCGCUGUUUUGGCUACUGCCUUGUCGGUCAAUGCCCAAGUCGGCGAUAUGCACAACAACGGAGCCUUAGUUGCUAGAUCGGCUCCGAUUAACAGCGGUUAUCAACCUCCUGCCUCGGUCAAGACUGAUAAUACCCAGGGUGCAAUCAGCCCUGCUGGCAACCGGGCUAGCCACCGUGUUUGCCACCGACGGGGCGGCAAAUUAGUUCUUCGCUCCGACGUAGUGAGCGGCACUACUUCAUCUUGUGUCACUGGUGGUGCACCUCCUGCCGCUACUACUGCUGCAGCUGGGGGUUAUGGCUCUGAUGACUCUGUUAACAGUUAA